AUGUUUCCCACCGCCUCCCCCCAAACACCGUUCUUCCCUAUCGGUUGCCCUACAGAGCCUCCCCCUAUCGGUUGCCCUACAGAGCCUCCCCCAAACUCCCUCGACGCUUCCGUUACUCGCUUCACUCCUCCCGCUACCAAACCUCUUACCCCCCCACCUGCUUGCAAGGGCCGCUCCAAGCGCAAGCCCAAGGGGAUCAUUCGCUUUCUACCCGAUGGAACCCCUUGGACUUGUGCCAGGUGCAAAACCAUCAUCACCCCCGUCCGCCGUAGCGGAUCGGGCGGCGUUGCAACGCUUUGCAACGCAUGCGGCUUGCGCCGCUCCAAAAACAUCCGCGCCGCCCUCGAAGGGGGUAUUUCCAAGAAGCGCGGGAAGAAGGGGCCCAACGCCAAGGUCAAAUCGAAUGAACGCAAGGCAGUUGCGCAGAAAAAGACGGUCAAGAAGGCUGUUGCGCUGCAGCAACACCGACAAGAUGUGCCAGUUGCCAACAAUACGAAACAGCCUGGCCGCUUUGUUCACCAUGGAAACGACCAACAUCCGAAUCAAAACACACCGGCGCUUCAGGAGCAGCAGCCGGCCCGAGUCUCGCAGGCUGCUGGGCGUGUACACUACGUCAUUAAGGAGGAGCAAUGCGCGACAGUGGAGCAGACUGCGUAUGGCAUAGCGCAGCACCAGCCUCCCGCGCAUUGGGAAGCACAGUACCAGCCUCCAUACGGUUCCCCGGAAGAGCAAUCUCCAGCCUCGGACACUUCAUAUGAAACUUACGCUGUCAAGGAUCACAGCAUCCCGGUAGAGUAUUUGCCGGUCACCGCGCAGCACCAGGAGCGGGUAUAUGGGGAGGCAAUACAAGAGGAGCUCGCCGCAGCGGUCGGCUGGGAAGCCCAGAACAAAUGCGUCCCUUGGCCGGUGGCAGGAGGCUACGCUCCCGAUGGCCACAUCACUGAAGGCGAAGGUGGAAACCUGCAGGGCAACGAAAAUGGAGUAUCACAUCUAUUUGGAUCGAUGACGUUGCACGCGAAUGUGAUGAGGACGCAGGAGAUGCAGGGUGAGCAUGAAGGCACGCUGGGCGAUAGAUAUGAAGACCAAGUGUGUUCACCAGCACUCCCAUUGUCGAUGAGCACGGAGAGCGACGAAGUGCUGGCGGCAAUCGCUUGCGGGAUGGAGGGUGCUUCGCACAUGACGGAUGCGCCAUCUCCCCUACCGUCGGCGUCGGAGCCCAUGGCAGCGGGGUUGCAGCGGUGUCUACAGAGCAUCGCUGGACGAAUUGCAUCACAGGAACUGAUGCUGCACCGCCUGAACGAGGUGCAGUUUCAACUACUCGCCGACGGGAACAUUGGAGAUGCGGUGUCACAGGCGCGCCGGGAGAUUGCGGGGCUGAGGGACUACGGUCGUGAUACGAUAGAAGUGAUGAGGGGGUUUGCUACAGCUCUGCUUGGCGGAAGGGAGUGAGACGUGGGACCAAGGUUGGAGGAAAAGGCUUUAGUUGUUUGUAAUGCGUGCUCAUCGUGUGUUUGUCGUUCAGUAAAUUUUUUUUGCGUGUUUCGAAGUGUGCGAAA